UUACACAGACUGAUAACGCUGGGGUUUCCAUAGAAACAUGCCAACCCACAGAAGAAAGCGGGAGAACUCAAGUUAGCGUUUAAACAAAGUGUUGAACGCAAACGGCAAUACAUCUAUAGCUAAACAACUCUUUAGUCUAAGAGCGACAUUAGUUAGUUGCAUGCUGUCGAGCCAUGCAGGCUAAUGAUGGAGCAGACCUGGACGCCCAGUUAGCCAGUAAGGAGAAAGAGUGGAAGGAGCUCCAGACCCUACGGGUUCAGCAGCAGGAGAAGUCCCUCCGUGAUGCCCAGGAACAUCUCUCUCUCCUCAGGCAACGCUUCCAGCAGCUCAGGGAGGACUUCCGCUUUAACCUGGCCGUGCUGGAGGAGAGAGACAGAGAGCUGGAGAGAUAUGACGCCAUGGCUGCCCGCGCACAGGCCACAGAGACUGCCAGGCAGGAGGAAUUGAGUCAGUUACGCAUCCAGAUAGCCAAGCUGCAGGAGGAGAGGGAGAGCGAGGCAAGGGAGGUGAGACGCAGCCAGCAGAGAGCUGCCGAACACAGGCUGCAGCUGGAGAGGCUCCAGAGCGGUCAGGCUGGUGACCUUCAGAAGCAGAGAGAGGAGUAUGAAGGGAUGAGACGUGAUCUCCAACGCAGGGUCCAGGAGGUGGACGGAGAGCUGGCUCUACAGAAGCAGGAGAUGAUGACAGACUUUGAUAAUGAGAUGAGGCAGAGAGAGCAUGAGUUCAACCUGAGGAUGGAUGAGAUGAGAGCCGUGGUCCUGUCUCACGAACUCAGGGUGAAGCUGCUCUCUAAGGAAACAGAGGUCCACUCCCAGGCCCAGGCUCAGGCUGUGGAGGCCCUGAAGGCCUCAGAGGAUCUCUGUCAGCACACACACACACAGCUACAGCACAGGCACUGGGAGAUAAAGGACAUCACUGCCGUCAAGGACGCAAGGAUAAAGGAGCUAGUGGACAAAUUAAAAGCUCUACAGACCAAGAGGAAGAGAGAGGAGGAAGUCUACAAUAAGAAGCAUGAGCAGUUGGACCGGGGAGUGCGUGAGAGAGAGGCUCAGUUGGAUGCGUUAAGGGACGCUCACAGAGAACAGCUACGACAGGCAGAGACACAUACCGGUCAACUACAGGCAAAACUGGACGCCAUGGUAACACACACACACAGGACCCAGAGAGACAACGAGGACACACUGCGAGAGAGAGAUCAACAGAUAGACAGGCUUUGUAUGGAGCUGGAGACGACUCGUAGUGGCUGGGACACGUACAUCACUCAGGUCUCUAAGGAGACUGUUUUUAAGGACACAGAGCUGCUGGCCCUGCAGGAGAGAGAAAGCAAAUUACGGACCGAACUUGAUCGGAGCAGGGGGGAGACGGAAAGGUACAAGCAGCAGCUGUUUGUGGGUGUGGAGCGAGAGAAGGCUCUGGAGCAGAGGAGAAUCCAGGUGGAGCUGGAGUGGCAGAGACGCUGCGAAGACAACAAGGCUGAACACUACCUGCACAGUGAAGAGUUAAUACAGGGCCUGACACAGGCCAGAGACCAGGCUAGUGCAGAGCUGAGAGAGAAGGAGAGAGAACUACAGGACAUGGUGGUACUACUGCACACGGUUACCAUGGAGAGAGACCAGGCCCUGGGUCAGCCAAUCAGAGAACAGGGCAACAGACCUGGUGGUGGUGUCUCUGUAGGGGAGCUGCCGUCUGAGGAGAUCCAUCGGCUGCAGCAGAAGAACAGCAGUCUGAGGGCUGUCAUAGCCCAGAUGAGGAGGGACAUGGAGGAUCUCAGCCAGCCUUCUCAUCCUCCAGGACCCCCUGACACCUCAACCCAGAUCCCUAAAGGACCUCUACCCCAGCCUCCAGCACAGAGCUCAGCCAAGCCAACUGACAGCGCUGCACAGCCAAGCCUGGCAGUGGUAGGUACCCCAGAGUACACCCAGGCUCUAGAAGAGGAGGUAGCAGAACUGAAGGCCAGGUGUAGGCACUUAGAGGACAAGCUAGAGGGCUCCACCAGACCCCUCAACACCGCCACGGUUACCCCGGCAACCACACUCGUCCCCAUCGCCCCCGACAACGCAUACCUCCAGAACCACAUCCGCUCCCUCAACGAGACCAUCGGUGGCCUGCGAGUGGAGAAGGUGGCCAACACUGCAGCUCUGAGGAAACAGGAGGUUAGGGUGGCUCACUUGGAGGCUGCCCUGGCCUCGCUCACACAACAGUGCCAUGCCAAACAGAUGGAGGGGGAGGAGCUGCGUCUGGAGCUGGCCAAUCAGAAGAGGAGCUGGUCGUCUGAGGAGACAGGACUACGUCAGCGUUUGGUUGCCGUGGAGAUGGAGCUGGAGGAAGUGAGGCGGGAGAAAGAGGAGUACCAGAAAGGAAGCAUCCUCAACAACCUAGAAACUGUUGCCCUGGGCAACCAGGUGUCUGCACUGAAGAUGGACAUCGCCAGCAGAAGGGAUCCCAUCGUCUGUGAAGAGAGUGAGAUGGUGAGGCAGCUCCAGGAGGAAAACCUGUGUUUGAGGCAACAGCGGCUGUCCCUGGGCCUGAGGCCUGGUGGGGCAGGCGGGUACGGGCCAGGGUGUGGGGGGGUACAGGGGGGUAAGCGCAAUGCCCCUCUCAGUGCCCAUCUCCUACAGUCCAAACUGAAGCAAGCAGUGCACUGUAUCGCCCGUCUGACCAGAGACAAACAGCAGCUGAUUGAGAUGGGCAACAGGCUCCGGGCACAAGUGACCGACGCUGGAUUGGAGGUUUUCCAGUCUGCUUCCAAACCCUCUCUAGCCCCAGUGUCUAUGGAGCCAGAGAGAGACACCCAGCACCAGCAGGGUCGACUUUCUGCCCUAGAACAACUGCAGUACCAGCUCACCACACAGGAGCUGCAGUAUGCCCAGAGAGAGCAGAGGAAGGGGGCUCCUAUCAUGGUGAGGCCUCUCCUCUCGGAGAGCAAGAAUGGAGACAGAGAAAGGGUCACCAACCCCUGGGGCCAUGGGCACAAGGACACAGCCAGACAUGAGCGUCCUAGGACUAAAGAGAACACCCCUCCUCCUCCUCUCAGCCAAUCCCUGAGCUCCCUGCGGCUGGAUCUCGGGUCACGAACCGCUUCCAGCCCGUCAGGUCCUCUACUGCUGUCAUCGGUGGCUACUGAGGGUUCACUAAGGGAGGUGUGGCAGAUACUGGACAGAGGCCUCAGCCCCUCCAUACUCACACCCCGGGAGAGCUGCUCUGAGAGAGGUGAUGGUGAGCUGACCAGGUGUGAGCUGAGUGAGCCCAGCCCUGGGGGCCAGGCGAGGGGGGUGAAGGGGUGCAGAGCACCUGUCCUGGAGAGGAAGAAACCAGCCAGGCCGUCUGCCACCGCCAGGAAGACCAAGACUAGUGCAAGGGGGGGCAAAAUCAGGAACUACAAUAUCAAAGACUGAUGGAGACUUUCUGGUAGGCUAACAGAAUUCAACACAAAUGGUAACUGUUGGUACCUGGUACCAAAUGUUUCCUUGUGGUGCUUGAUUUAACAAAACCAACAUACUUAGUAGGUAGAAAUGACAAGUAAAUACCUAGUCAUUUCUGUACUGUAAACUAGAGUGCUACUAUAAAAUCAGAGGCUGGUGCAGAAGGUAAUAGAUAUUGCGUGGGUGGUGCCAGGCUGGUUCUGCUCUAGCAAGGCCACCAGGGGAGUGGUGCUGACAGCAGAACCAGUCUGGCACCCAUAUUAGGUAGAUACAGUUACUAUCUGCUCAGGCCAGGAGGAACCACGUGGCCUUACACCUCAGGAAGGAGAGGAUUCAUUGAAGUGUAUACUGUACUUUUAAUAUGCCAUUUAGCAGACGCUUUUAUCCAAAGCGACUUACAGUCAUGCGUGCAUACAUUAUUUUUUUUUUU